AUGUUUGAUCAUCCAUGUGCAGGGGAAAGGGUGUCCUUGAAAGUUGUAAUUCCAAAAGCCAGAAGAGGAAUCCAUGAUCAUAAUCCUAUUAUGAGGAACACACCAGAACUUACAUCCGGAAGACACGAAACUUGGGAUGAAGUUGAUAACAUUUUGAGCAAACCAGCUAGAUGUUCCAGCCCUAUUUCAGUCCGAAAGCAAUUGCCUCGAAGGUCAUCAGUUGAUGCUGAACUAUCAGAUAAAAGUGAUGAUACCGAUUCUGAAGAUCUUUUAUCUAAAUCCUCUCCUGCUGAUUUUCAAAUACAUUCCUAUUACAGAGAUGAAAAUUGUCCGUACAUAAAUUCUAAUAGGGAUGUUCCACUUAAUACUUCCUGGCAUAACUAUUCAAGAAGUUCAGAUACAAAUAUUCCUGAAUACCAAACUAGAAGAAAGAGUGGGUUUAAUUCCAAAUAUAUAGUACCAAUUAUCAUAGCCUUAUGUGGAAUAUGCUAUAUUGUUUAUGAGCAAUACAGUGAUAAGAAUAUUAGCUUCAAAAUUUAUGAUAGAAUCAAUUUUUAUGAUGAUUUAAAAAGCAUGGCCCAGAAGUAUAAAGUUAAACCAGAUUCAAUGUUGCAAGUGCGCACAGGAGUAGAUACAAUAUUUCAAAAGGAGGAUGCUGGCUCAUUUAUAUUCACUUAUGACAGCAAAUCAUUUGAUUCUGAGCUGUUCUAUAAUUUCAUAGAUAAUAUCUCUUCUGCAGCUUCCAGAUACCUACGGAAUGACACAAAAGAUGUCCAACAUGUUGUAUUAGACAGCAGUAAAGUAAUUACUAUCAAAUCAGAUGUAGAUCUUAUUUAUGAAUUUCGUGAUAAUUUAGAUAAAACUGGUGUCUUACUGGUGAAAAACAUUGAAAGGGUACCAGCUAAGCUUGCUAUGGCAUUUCAUUAUUAUUGCGAUGAAUUUAAUCCAUUAGUAAAAAAAAGUGCAAUUUUCUUUACACUAGAUGUCGCGAAAUGCAAAUCACUGAUAAGUAAACCAUCUCUUGAUCAUGAUUAUAUUGAGAGGUGUCUUAAAGAUAUAUGGAGAGAAGUUGACAGGGACAAGAUAGCACCACUUUUAACCAGAGUAGUUGGUGUUAUUGUUGAUGUUACAAACCUAUGA